AAUAUAAAAAAAAAAGAGAGGAGAGAAAAAGAGGGAGAAAAAAAUAGAGAGAGAGAGAGAAAGAGAAAAGACACGUUGUUUUUUUAAGGAUUCAUGGCCAGCAGGGGUAAGUGUAGCCACGCAGGAAUCUCCACCAAAUCUACUACUACCACAUCUACCACAAAUCUACCACAUCUACCACAGUGCAGCUGCCGGGCGUAGACUAACCAACCCCCCCCCUCAAAAAAAAAAAAAAAAUUAUAUAUUGCCUUAAGAUAUGCCUAGAAUGAGCAGGAAAACAUCAUACUCUUAUCAUGGAGUCAAUGAAGGAGAGAGUGAGGAUGGGCAGCGUUUGAGGUUCCAGAUCGAACUGGAGUUUGUCCAGUGUCUGGCUAACCCCAACUACCUGCUCUUCCUGGCACAGCGUGGUUACUUCAAGGACCAGACCUUUAUCAACUACCUCAAGUAUCUUCAGUACUGGAAGGAGCCUGAAUAUGCAAAGUACUUGAAAUACCCUGUGCCUUUAUUUCUUGGACCUUUUGCAGCACGAAAACUUCAGGAAGGAGAUUGUCAACGGUCAAUGUGCCAAAUUCAUUGACGACCAAACUGUGUUACAC